AUGUCUGCUCAAGCAUCGUCCAUUCAAUCGUACUUUCAGCGGGAGAAUUGCAACCCAGGGACCGGCAUGCAGCGGAAUACCACAGCCGGCGGUGAUUCUACUUCCAGUGCCAAAGGACCCACACCGAGUGAGAAAUGGCAGCCUCGCUCCCAAUACACUGAAAAGCAAAUCCGCGAUCUCAAAGUAGGGCCAGGCAACGUCUCGGUGACUGGUAGAGUGGUAAACUUCUAUGAGCAGACCAGCAGGGGCAAGUCACCCCUCGCCGCAAAGGGCUCCUUAAAGAUUGUUGUCAAGGAUGACUCUGGUGCAAUCACGGUCAAGCUGUGGUACGCCAACAAGAUUUAUGCUCUCAAACUCGGCGACCUCGUCACCAUCUGGACUCACCAUAUCUCGAACCCGGAAAACUCCUCUCCUACCAUUCAACACGCUUCACUAGUGACAUCGAUGUUUCCGGAACGGGACAAUACUAGUUAUUUUCAAAUUCAAGGGAACGUUCCAGGUUAUUCAGGCAAGACGCCUCUCGGAUACCGCUUCGGAUUUCCAAUGCCUGGCUUGGUGACCCUCAAAAACUUUAUCGAUGGUGCUCAUGAGGUCACAAACAUGAGUAUACUGGUCUGCGUGAGGAGUAUUGGAGUCAUGAAGAACUGUAAGCAGUAA